GGUCGUCGUGCUGAGCGGGUGUCGUGAGCUGCAGCCCAGCAACCAACCACACAAUGGUCGUCAAAAAGAGGAAAGUCGAUUUUGAUCUGCAGCCUCGUCCUUCCGCCGAGGCCUCUCCUCCAGCGCUGGUAUUGGGCAACUAUCCUUCUAUCGUAUCCUUCACUGAAGUCGCCAGUCUGCUCAGUUCUACCACACAAAAGUCCAUCCUAAAAAACUGCAUACGCGACAAUCAAGCAUAUGACAGCCUAUGUAACACAUUAAUAGACUUACCCCCUCCUCCAAGUAAUGAUUUGCUGAGCCUUGAUGUCCUGCAACAAGAAACUGUCUUCAAACCGAGGAAAGCUUUUGCUAAUUUAGUUGCUGUUGAUAUUACCGAUCUAAUAGAAGAGAGAAAACAUUCUUCAGAUGAAGAGGUAGAAAACCAAUACGACACAGAAUCAACAAAAAAUCCGUUAAAAGUUUCCCUUUCGGACGUUGAAAGUAGCAUCGUUGAAACCCAAUUGGCCACCGGCGAAACACCUGAAGUAUUUACCAAGCCUAGUGAUAAUGAUGAACCUAUUGUCAAUAAAGUUCUCGAUGAUAUUUAUGAGAACCUCAUCGAUAAAGAAGAGGAAAUUUUAUGGCAUAAAUGUGAGGAGUAUGUAUCAAGAAAUGUUAGGAAACUUGACGACGAUCACAACGAGUUACUCAAUGACUUCGAGAUCGCCAUUAAGAGAAACAAAGUUGCGGACGAUGACUAUGAGGAUUGCAGUGCACGGUUGGGUGGAAGUGAGAGUUUGGAAGUGAAAAUAGAUAUUGUGGAUGAUAGUAUAGUACAAUCUUAUAGCAAUGCCGGUUUAGAUGAAACAGACGUCAAUGAUAUUAAUAAACGUGAAGUUAUCGAAGAGCCGUGCAUUCAAACAAAACUUGUGGUUUCUGAAUCCGUAGAAACUAGUGAACCAGUGAACAGAACAAGAACAGAUGAAGUAGGUUCAAGUGAUCAGAAUUCUCAGACCUCCACAAAAGUGGUUCCAAGUGUCGAGCGUGACAUGCCGCGAAAUACUUCGAACUUCGAAAGUACUCUAUCGGUUACUAAUGAAGAAAUGACAGAGUUUGAGGUUUUAAGUUCGUCACUAACUGCACCAGAAAACGAUAAACAAACUAAUCAACAACUUCUUACUCCUCUUUCUAUUGUUUCAUGUCAGUCAAUUAACGCAACCCUGACUAACACAACGCAAGAAUUGACGUCACGCCACAGACGUAAAAGUGGUAGAAAAAGUCACCGAAAACAUUCCCACUCAACCAAACAAGCACAAUCAUCUUCUCAAUUAUCUGAUACAACAUCAUUUCUCACUCCUUCCCACGUUGCAAAAGAUCCAGAACAAAGGGCUUUAGACGCUCAAGCCAAGUUUAAGAAAUAUUUAGCGAAAAUGUCAGCCGCUGCGAAUACAGAAAAUCUCAACUGUGCUGGAGAGCCGGAAACUCUUGAACCGCACAUGCGAGACUCUAUCAAAGAGAGUCAAAUACUGAUCUGGAUCUACAACAUGAUAGACGAAGCGGCGCGUGUCGACUUCGAGUUCUUCCUGAAAGAUGGAUGCAUUUUGUGCAAGUUGAUGAACCGCAUUGUUCCGAACUGUAUCCCGGAAGAGGAGAUCACAUGGGAAGGCGCGCGCAGCAAGCAGAAGAACAUCAACAACUUCCUGAAGGCGGCAGAGAAGUACGGAGUGCCGAAGGCCAAACUCUUCUUUCCAGAAGAUCUCUUGCACCUGCGACACCUGCCCAGAGUCACCCGGUGUAUUUAUGCUCUCGCUAAAAUAGCGCAGUCUGAUCCAUCCCUGGGAGAAGACACCCCGCAGCUGGGGGAUGAACCGAGUUUCCUGAAGGAGGGACCGACGAAGGUCGUUAUACCUGGCCACCGUGACACGAAGGAGGUGUUGGCUCAGCUCACGAGCAGCAAGGAGCAGGAGCAGAAAGUUAAGAAUAAGCAUUCGCUCUACAAGUAAAGAUUUCUAUGGGGGGACAAUUGUUUCCUGUUGUGGCACUUGACUUGCGGUCGUCAAUAUUCGGUAAAAAAAUACAAAAGAAAGGAAAUCUUCAUCAACAAAGUUGGCGUUAAAAAUCCUUAAAAUAAUCUUUCUAAUUGUAGUUUUUACAUCGCUUUAUUCUAUUAGGGAAUUUCAGGUUAUUAGUCCUAAAUAGAAAUCGGAACACAAUUAUUUAUUCCUUUCGAUCAAGCCCCUGUGCGUAACAAAGAUAAGAAUAUUCUCGUGUUCUGUCACGCGAACACAUUAUGCUUGGAACUAGCAUUUAAAUUCACUUUAACAGCCAAUUUGACAAAAUUUAUGUUAACUCCAUAUGACACAGUAUUUCUUUUUCUUCCUAGAAAUUCUAUUCUAACUUUUCUUCGUUAAAAGAAGACGAUACAUUGUUAAAACCUUCACGUUAGCACUUCAUCAUCACUCAAGUCGAAAGUGAUGUUUGUUUUCAGCCGACACUUUUAUUUUUGCUUUUAUGUGCUUAUGCCCGAUGGCUGGAGAAGCUUCAACACAUCAUUGUUACUAAAAUGUAAGUUGCACUGCAAAUUUCAGCGUUGCUUUCCUAGCUUGUGGUAGUGCAAUGACCAUUGUGCAAUCGAGCUGCCCCAACCCAGUAAGUCGUAGGCAAACCUUGUCCAGUAAAUUGACGGAGACUUAGUAUAGAAUAAAUUGAUCAACAUUUUAGCGACCAUUUUCUAGUGAUUUUGUGCGCCUGGCACGUCAGGUGUGGAAUCUACUUUAUAUGCGUGCAAGAAGUACGAUGUCUUAUUUUCAAAAUAAAGGUUUAAAAUAUAUUCGUCCGACAGCUGUUUCAUAUUACCUUGUGAUAUGCUUGUGACAAAUGUACCGCAAAGUCUAAACUGUUAUAUUUAUUUAUAAGAAGUGAAAUACGUUAAGCUAAGAUCA